AUGGCGCCGUCUGCGAUGUUGUCCAAGCUUCGGGGCAACCACCACGGAUCGUAUUCAACCUCCUCACAUCCGGACGACCAUGCAUCCUUGCCACCCCUGUACACUUCGGCAGACCCAGCCAAGUUCGACCGGCCUUCGUCACCAGCAGCGAGCAGGAACUUGUUCCCAGGCUUUCCAAUUUCGGACGUCUCAGAGUCGCCGACAGACGAGGCGUCAGCGUUCCGCAUGACUGCAUUACCCAGGUCCUCUGACGAAUGGCACCACUAUCGGCCUACCUCGGCCACUUCAGAAAGAGCUGCGUCAACCACGUCUGGAACGCUCUCUUCGGUGGCUUCCAGAGCACAUAAUUUCGUCUUCUCGUUACAACCACCCAAGAAGUUUACAGCAUCCCUGACACCAAACGAGAGCCCAACAAUGUCGCCCAACGCAGGUCAGGCUCACCUCUACGGCGAUCGGCCACACCCAAAGAAUGUUAGCGCAUCGUCAUUGUCGAUAGCCGAAGAUAACGCCUCUCACAAAAGCGGUUCGAAACAGGGUAGGGGCAAGCUGUAUCUACUCAACCCAUUGAACUUGCUCGCUCGUCGAAGAACUUCGCAGAAUCAGCCUCCAAGAGCAGAGGAAGUGAACCCAAGUGUGCAUACGCCCAAUGUGCCAAAUCUUCCGGUUAACUUUGACCCAAGGAUCAGAGGGAAAAUCAUUCACGACUUCUCUGUGCCAAAAGCUAGCAGACUGAAUUCUUACACUGGCCUUUCAAGUGCAGAGACAUCGCCGAGCAUUGAAUCAUGUCCCAGCACCCGAUGGAACCGCAGAACUUCAGAUCAGCUGCCGCCAUUCGCCGCCAUGACCAGCCGGACUCCACAGUCACCUACUCACUCUCCUCUCUUCACGGAGCAUUUCGAUGACGACAGACGACCCCUACAGCAACACAACACAGGUUACCUUCAUACGCUCGCAUCUUCACCUGCAAUCAAAGCAACGAGCGAUCCACCCAGGUUACCUGCGUUUGCAAAGACCCUGCCUCUCGACAUUUUUGGGGAAGUGGAAAACACAGACAGAGCGACUGCCCCGGCACUAGCCGAGUCAAACUUCUUGUCCAGGAAGAUAGAUGCCCUUCCACAGCCAAAUCUAGAUAGUCUUGAAAACCGGAACAGUUCGCAAGCAUCGGGGACACCAGUUUCUGCUGUGGCGACCGAGAAACAAGUCGCUCCGACUAAUGAUUUCUUGAGCCCAGCCGAAAAUCUGCCUAAGCAUAUGAGCAGCACUUCAUCGAGAUUUAGCUUUCAACUAGGCGGAGUAGAUUCGGAGGUCCAAGAACGACUACUGGAAGAGAAACACAAGGAGCACGCUGCGUUGAAAGUAUGGCUUGCCAAAAAUGAGCAGGACGUUGAUUCCGAAGAGGACCGGUAUGUUGAUGAUGAUUUCGAUGACGAUGAUGGGCUUGAAGAGAAGAUUCCAGGAAUCAACGCAGAUUCAGACGAGGAGCCGGAAGGACAUCCUUCACAACUGAACAAGUACACAGAUAUUGCAAUUGGCUAUGGCGAUGGUCUUGAAGAGAGCAUUCCAGGUGUCAAUGUGGAGUUCGACGAGGGACAACAUGGUCUUCAGCACCAGUCUGUAGACUACUUCCGUUUCACACCGCUACCUGAGAGAAUGAGUCCCAGCCCUCACACUAACAUUUCCCAAACAACUCCACGAGACGCUGAUGGUGAGGUUAUAGGCCGCGCCAGCACCAAAAUCUCUCCAGACCCUUCCUUUACGCCACGAAGUCUUGAAUUUAGCCCCAAAGUCCUUGAGCAGCCACCUUGGCUCAGCGGCCUUGGUAUAAUACCCCUGAGUGACUCGGGGUCUCCCAACCUGACGAGUCCGGCGCACCAAUUUCCUCCACAGGCCCCAGAACCACAAGAGGAACCUGAUGAUUUGUAUUUUGAUGAUGGCCACAUUGGGAGUCCAGCCAGUGCAAGCGAUGGUGAAACCUUCGACGAAGACAUCUUCGAUGACGAGUCUGGCAAGAUUCAUGACAUUUCCGCUCAAAAUGCUCAGAAGCUGGAAGUGGCACGGCAGCAGAACUCGGUCCCGCUACCAGGACCUGAGACCGUUCCCCAAUGGACAUAUGCAGUCGACCCAGGCGGAUCGAACCAGCAAUUCACUCUAUCCAUUGCGGCGACCUCCGAACCCUUGGGGGAAGGCUUUGUCAGGAGGGAUCAACAAGCGCAGGCCGAUGUUCAGGGCGACGCUCAACCUAACGGCCUUACGGAAGAUAACUUGGCAUACCAAAAUGCGUUAGUAUCGGCAGCAACUCAAGCGGCUUCCCAAGGACGAUUUAGCCGCCAUCUUAGCACGAGUCAGGAUUCCGAGGAUCUCAACUCCAGGUCACAGAUUGCCGAUAGCCAGCCUGGUCUGAUAUCUGAUGAUAGCCGGAUCAGCCGGCUGCUUGACAAUGCCGGUGCUGAAGACGAGUCUGAUGAAUUUCCAUUCGAUGACUCGCUAGAAGAUGAUCCGAUGAUCGCAGAAGCUAAUGCGGAAGUGCUCGAGAAUGAUGAUGAUGGCUUUUAUGGCCAGGAGUUCGGUUUCUAUGCUCGUGUCUAUGGUAAGGGCAAUUCAGAAAAGGUGAAUGGCGGCUUCUUCGGGCCCAGAGGCGUUGAAGGUGUGCACCGAAGCCACAGCGCCAAAGCCAAUUUUCAGGAGCCGAGUCUUACGCCAAUCACCGAGAGGAGCGAGUGGAGCCACAGGAACUCGUUUGUCUCAAUCAAUCCCUUGGGUUUGCCGUCAGCUGGCCCUGCUGUGCCAGGCGUCUCUCAUCUGUUGGAUCUUGAUCCAGACGAGAUGUCACUCAGUGCGCUAAUGAAGCUGAGACGCGGUGCUUGGGGUGGCAGCCAAACGAGUCUCAACAGCACCAGUGGUAGUCAAACAGGGAAUUCACCCUUAGCCUAUCCGCCUUUGAAAGAUAGCUUUGGGCAACCGCCAGCUGCACUGGAUAAUGUACAUAUCAAUCGCAACGACUGCACAGGACACCCACACAGCUCUGCUGCUAUGCUUCCAGAAGUGUUUGAAGAAGAGAGAACUCGUCAGAGCAGUACCGCCGCCGAGAUGCAGAAGACACCCUGGAAACUGCCUUCUGACGUAGGUCUACACGGCACGCUGCAAGACAACUAUUUACAUCUGAAAGCUCUUUCACAGACCACGCAGGCUGCAGAGAAGCCUGCCAAAAGCCACAGCAGAGCCAGCAGUGGAGCCGAGAGCGUGAGCUACGUCAAAGAUCCUGAGGGUUCUGGGAGAUGGCUCCUCGAGCGGAGACGGACAGGAGACGAUGGGGAAAUCGAGCUGAUAGAGCGGGAGUAUGUGGCAGGUGCCAGGAUUUAA